AAAAAGGCGACGGUCAUAAACAACAACUGAACAGUUUCUGUGCUUUGUUUGUAGCUGAUAACUGUUGUUAAUCAUGUCUGGUCGUGGAAAGAAAAUGGUGGCGACCGCUGCAAAGACUAAAACAUCAGUGUCUCGAUCGACACGUGCGGGCCUUCAGUUCCCAGUAGGCCGCAUCGCACGUCUCCUGCGGAAGGGAAACUACGCAGCGCGUAUCGGCUCUGGCGCAGCGGUCUAUCUGACGGCGGUAAUUGAGUAUCUAUGCGCAGAGGUGCUGGAGCUGGCGGGCAACGCAAGCCGUGACAACAAGAAAAUGCGUAUUGCACCGCGUCACAUCCAGCUGGCGGUGCGUAAUGAUGAGGAGCUGAACACGCUGCUUGGAGGUGUCACAAUAUCUGAAGGAGGCGUUCUGCCCAACAUCCAAGCACAACUGCUGCCCAAGAAGACCAAAGCUGCCAGCAACACCAGCAAAGACGUCCAGUCACAAGACUUCUAAAUAAAACUCUUUUUAUUGUUUUAGCACUUUAACAUGAUUAAUAAAACUCCCUUUUCUUAAUGUCUGUGUGCUUUUGGUGUUUACUAAUCCUGAAGUCUGGUGUUCUGAUUAAGUAGAAACUUUUACAGAGAAGUGUAUGUGAAGAAUUCAUGGUACAAAGACUGCAUUUAUCAGUUACAAAUGGCUUUAUACCACAGCUGCAUUUAUUCUGAUGCUUCUAGAUGUUGGUGCUGCCUUUGACAUGGAUUCACAAUUCUAUUGGCUAGGUUUUAGAAUUG